AUGUCCGAUCAAAAGCAAAACGGAGAUGGUGAUGACCUGAACGAGCUGCUCGACAAUGCACUGCAGGACUUUGACAAAAGCAAGAGUGGGGCCAAGCCGGAAAAGCCCGUGGCUACCGAUGGCACAGCAGUUGCAGCCGGCGAGGGCGGCGACGAUCCCGAUGCAUUUUUCAUUGAGCAAGCGAAAAUCUUAGCGGAUCGCAUGAACACACUGUUCGGUGGGCCAGACACGCCGAGUGGCGACAUACCACCAAUGCCGCAGGAUCCGGAUCAGAUAAUGGCCGGUUUCAAGAAAAUGGCCGAAGCGGCCGCCCUGACACUGAGUGGUGAGAACACUGCCAACGACGACGAGGUGUCCAAGUAUUCAGAUAGCAUUUCCCAAGCCUUGAAAGGCCUGCAAGAGGGCACCGAAAAUCUGGCAGCACCUGCAUCGGAGAACGACAUAGCCAGCAUGUUUGGUUCCAUGAAUUUGGAGGGUGCCGAUGGUGAUGGCAAUAAUUUCCUGCCUUUUAUGGAGGGCAUGAUGCAGAGCCUGCUCUCCGCCGAGAUUCUACUGCCUAGCAUCAAGGAGCUGCUCGAGAAGUAUCCAAAAUAUCUCGAGGAGAAUGACUCAAAGCUUUCAGCUGAAGAUAAGGAGAGGUACCAAAAACAGUUUGAGCUCUACAAGAUUAUUGAGGGUCAUUUGCAGAGCGAAAAGCCCGAUGAUACGGCCACCGUAAAACGUGAGAAGUUCCGCGUGGUGCUGGAUGAUAUGCGUAAGCUGCAGGAUUAUGGACAACCGCCAGCAGAAAUACUGGCCGAGACGGGCGGAGAUCUGCCGUUUGGGGAUCCCACAGCAGCUGGUGGUAUUCCAAAUCCUCAAUGCCCAACCAUGUAAUUUGCGGCUUUUGGGGCUGUGUCGUUCCUGGUGGAGUGCCAAUGGUCGAGUGCGCCACUAUCUGUUGAAUGUUGCACAUUUAGGCAUAGGGACAUCAAUUAAUUGUAAUUUUAAACAUCAUGUGAUGAUUAGUCUUUGGUGGUUAUACAUGAGGAGAAUUUGUUUUAUA